AUGUGCAGAACCCGAGUGCCGGCGAGACCUUCACCAGCCCGUGUGACCGUGUCCGCCUCCGCGCCCAGACCAGCGGUGCAGCAGGUGGAGGCGACAGCCCAGGAGUCGGCCAGCGAGGUGCCGGGAGUGGUCGCCGGUCAGGAGGAGGUCGCCGCAGCGGGCCCUGCUGUCCCAGAGGAGCAACAGAAGAUCGACAAAGCUAAGGCUGUUUUUGUUCCUUCUGUUUGUGUUAGUGAUGUUCAGUCAGAGUCUAGCGCUAAUGCUGUGGCAACAGGGUCUAACAUAGAUAGCAGCAGGAUUAGGCUAGCUAAAGUUGUGCGCGGGUCGUUUCAUCAGGGAAAUGCCCGAUUUGUGUAUGGAGGUGUGCAGUGUAUGGCUAUAGCUUUGGUCAGCUUAGCCAAACACACAGUGAGGAGCGCGUUCUCGUGGGACAGGCUGGAUCUGGAUCGCGCGUUGGUUGAAGGUGAUGAGUUGUACACGAGUUUGCGUGACCUCAACAUCUUCAGCCAUGUGUCUAAUCUGCUGUCUGUGCCAGAUUUGCCACAGCAGCUGGAAUUAGACGGACAGCUGUUUAGGUUUAGUUUUGGUGACACGGUGUUAGGCGAAGUAGGCGUUACCGAAGGUGAAUACAUCGAUUUCGGUGUAUUCAUCAGCUUGCGUAAUGGACUGGAGAGAAUCUUCAGUCAAUACACCACAUGUCUUCUGACAAUGUGCGGAAACACCACUGCCAUCGUGCGUGAGGGUGGACGGUUCGCUGUGGUCGACAGUCACUCACGCAGUAACACUGGCUUGUUACACCAUGACGGUACAAGCGUGGUUCUGCAUUUCGCCUGUCUUGACGACCUGCACCACUACAUCUGUCGUUUGGCCGACAGUCUCCGUUCGAGGGAGAAGCUCUUUGAGCUGUGUGGUGUGACGGUCAGCACAGGUGCAAGUCCAGCGCGGUCUGGUGUGUCUGUGGAGAGUCUCAUCACUGGGAUGAGCGCUGCUCCAGCACCAGAGUCUAGUGUGCUCACUGAGGCUGGGAGAAAAAGUGAGGUGUCUGCAGGCGUUUGUGUGCCUGAGUGUGGUGUCAGCAUUGCCGCAAGUCCGGCACUGUCUGGCAUUUCUGUUUUUAGUUUCUCCAGCGAGGUGAGCAGCGGUUCAGCGGCAGAACCAACGGUGACCAAUGGCAGAAAGCGUGUCAUUUCUUCCGGCACUUGUAUGUCGAAGAAAUCCAAGAGUUUCGAUGUCCGAGAGGUCAAUUUGGACAUCGAAUUUGUUAGCGAGAUGCCCCGUGCCAAGUCCCACCGGCGGGCCCAGGCCCUGAAGCAGAGGAUGGCGCAGCCGUUGCCAUGGAUCCCCCAACCGCCUGUCCCCGAGUUCGUUGCUCGGCGCGGUACAGGGUACCGCCAUCGCGUGCGGAGAUGGCCGACUUCGGAGCUGACCCAGCGCAGCUUCAAGUUGGUCACUCCUGCCCAGAAGCCGGACCAGAAGGUAUUAGUUUUUCUUUUUCAGAAACACAGUGCUGGUUGUAAGAGGUCGGUGUCUAUGUUCUAA